AUGCGACCAUGCCUGGCCGUCUCCGCACAAAGCAAACUAGAGAGCGAGAUUGCUACCAUGUCACUUGUAGCAGAAAGAACGACGAUUCCCGUUCCCAACAUUAUUGCGUAUUCACUAGCCGAAACGUCCGAUCCUUUGUCAACAUACAUUAUUAUGGAGUACGUUGACGGCGGGACUCUUUCCAUACAAAGGCUGCAGAGUGCUACGGCCGCGCAGAGGGACAACUUGUACAAAUCCCUGGCUCAAGUCUACAUACAGCUCAGGCGACUGGAAUUUCCCGCCAUUGGAAGGCUCGCUUCAAGUCCUCGAGGGUUUCAAGUAUGCCGAAGAGCCUUGACUAUAGACGUGAAUGGCCUGCAGAUCGAGGGGCUUAACCCAUUUGCUACACAAGCAUCGUAUCACGCCGGAAAUGACACCCUAGAUUCAGCAAAUGAGUACAUCGCCAUGAGAUUGCAAAUCAGCUGGAACGCCUUUCUAAACAGCAGAAACAACAUUGAACCAGGCAUGGCCGCUAGUGUUCUAUAUCAUCUACAAUUAUUCUGUAAACAUGUCGAGAAGUGGAAAGAUGCCACGCUCGAUCGAGGUCCCUUUGUCUUGGCCCAUGGCGACCUGGGACCGCAGAAUCUGAUAGUCGAUGACAGCUUAGAAAUCCGGGCCGUCAUUGAUUGGGAAUGGAGCCGCGUGAUACCCCUUCAACUUUUCACGCCCCCGCUAUGGCUGACGGGUCGAGACAACCGUUUCGUCACUGCACCCAAGUCAUAUAAAUUCUAUCUGACGAUUGCCUUGUCGCAUUUCCUCGAAGCCGUCAAGACACAAGAGCUGAGCACGUUUAACCAAGAUCGGCUCUUUCAGGAGUGGACCUCGAGAAAGGACAAUGCCGAGCCCCUUGUGGCCAAUGCAUUAGAGAACUGGACUGAUAUUGACUGGUUCGCCUACUUAUAUCUAAGCCGGGGAGACGAUGACAAGUUAGAGGAGGAAGUCAGAUCCUUUAUUGAAGCUGACCCUAUUCGGAGCCUCAUCACUCGCAUGAAAGAGGACGAUGCUGCCGCAUACGCGGAGGGGAUGCCUCCGCAUAGAAAUGAGAAAGCGUGCCACGAUGCACCUCGAGCUCAACUGAUGAUACUGUACGACCUGUAA